CGCGCCUGCGCUCGCCCGCGCGGUUCGAUUCCAGCCUCGGGAGAUUUGAAGGUCCGUCGAGCGCAAUUCCGAGCUUGCGCUCGACGAGCUUUCUGCUGAUUCUUGCGAAAGUGUCUCUGCGUCUGAUCCUUUCUUCUCUUCUGGGCGAUCUCGGAUUGCAGUGCAGUGCAUGAUUCGGGCCACCUUCGAAACUGAUGAGCUUCAAUUCUUCGGGCCUGUGCACUUCGCGAUGACGUUUCGCGGGAGGAAGAAGCGUGCCAAAGCUGCGGUUCUUGCUCCCGAGACUCCGUGAUCGCAUCGAGCACAGGGAAGAAGAAUCCGAAUAGCGAUGAUGAAGGCGGUCAUUCUGGCGUACCCUGGGAGGAAUUUCUCGCUUUCCGUUCAGGAAGAUGAGCAGCCAGCAUAUGUUGCGAGUGUGUCUAUCCUGGUCCAGAUUUUUAUGCUCGGAUGUACGUUCGUGAUCGGUCAUGUUCUAAGGCGAAAUAAAAUUAUGAUCGUUCACGAGGCGGGCGCUGCUUUAAUUCUGGGUGUGUUCGUUGGAAUGGCCGUAAGAAUCAGUGGCGAGGAGAGUGGUUUUAGUUCGUGGAUCAAUUUCAACAAUCAGUUCUUCUUCUACUUUCUUCUUCCUCCCAUCAUCUUCGAAUCAGGCUGGAGUCUCAAGACUAGACCAUUUUUUGGCAACUUUGGAGCAAUCUGUACUUUUGCGUUCCUCGGGACUUUGGUAUCUACUUUUGUCACUGGGAUAUGUCUCUGGAUAUUUGGGUCCUUAAAACUGACGCACGCCAUGCCCUUCAUGGUGUGCUUGACCUUCGGAGCACUUAUUUCCGCAACGGAUCCUGUUACCGUUCUUGCUCUUUUCAAUGAGCUGGGCGUUGACGCGAACUUGUAUGCGUACGUCUUCGGAGAGUCUGUUCUCAACGAUGCUGUAGCUAUCGUACUGUACAGAACUCUACUUAGUUUUGUUGGCACCGAGAUAAGCAAAGGAGGCAUAUUUGGAGCAUUCUCAUACUUCAUAGCAAAUUUCAUCGGUUCCUUCUCCAUCGGUGUAAUCUGCGCUUUGGGAAGUGCUCUGCUAGUCAAAUACGGUGGUUUGAAUGAUCACGGACUUGGAGUUUUGGAGUCAUGUCUGAUGGUGUUGUUUCCGUACGCGUCAUACAUGAUGGCCGAUGCUCUAGAGCUCUCAGGCAUCGUGGCCAUUCUCUUCUGCGGAAUUACAAUGAAGUACUAUACAGCUCCACUGAUGUCUUCUGUAGCUCAAACGAUCACUACAAGCUUCUUUCAGAUGCUCGCCAAACUUUCAGAAACUUUUGUAUUCAUCUACAUGGGUGUUGCUAUGUUUCUGGAGCAACAGAGCUGGAAUAAUAUUGGGUUCACUUUCUUCACGAUUAUCAGCAUUUUGAUUGGGAGGGCUCUAAAUGUCUAUCCCUGUUCGAUCAUUGUGAAUAAAUACCGGGAAAAGCCUCUGCAUAUACCACGAAAUCAGCAGCAUGCUCUCUGGUACAGUGGACUAAGAGGAGCCAUGGCUUUCGCACUGGCCCUCCAGUCAGUGACUGAUCUCCCUGACAAUCAUGGACGGGUGUUACUUACCUCAACCUUAUUUACCAUCUUUUUCACAGUCUUGUUGGUGGGAGGGUCCACACCUUUUGUCCUCACUUACUUGAAGAUUGAGAUGAGUGGACCAUCAGAAGGCCAUGAUGCGCCGGAACCAAGUGAACCCAUGCCUCCUAGUCAGCGUGUUGAAACGCCGGUACAAGCAUCUGACGAUGAAAGUGAAGACGAUGCUAGGCUGGGCAUUCUCGAAAGGCAGAAAGCAAAGCUACAGAGGAAACUUCGUAGACUCAAGAGCGAUGCUAACUUUGUCAAACUGGAUAAGAAGUACAUCAAGCCCUUUUUCGCAUCACCGGUUGGCUCGGACCCUACAAGCCCCACGAGCCCUGUUGUUGACAAGGGCACGUCCGUCAAGUUAGUGACACUGCCCGCCAGAACACACGAGAGAAGAAGCCUCAUCGCAGACGCUUUCCAUGCUAGGAGCGAAACUGUUCCAACACCUGGCGGUGGGACUCGAAAGGCUUCCAGAUUGGCCUCAUAUGGACAACAGGAGGACACAAGCUGGAUCCAACCGCCACCUUGGCCUUCUUCAGACAGACGACCCUCAGGUUCGCAGAAACAGGAUACUUGGGCCGAACCAGCGAGGGUACCGUCAGUACCAUCAAGAGGACUGCAGACGACUGAUGUUUGGUCCCAGAAACCAGAUGGUCCAGACCAAGAGAAGACAAAGACACCAAAUGCAGAAGUAGGAGAAAAGUCUUGGCCUUCAUCUGGAGGCUGGCCUUCUCGUACCGCACCCACAGAUCCGUGGACUCAAUCCCUGGCAGCGACAGUGCCACCGCAGAAAUCUCUGACUUCUAAACUUCAGUCAUCUUCCUGGAAUAAAGCCAAUGGAGGAGGAGGUGACAAUGAUUGGUUGCACUCCACUACUGGUCCAAGUAAACAAUCGUCCCAUGACCUAGAUUUUGCAACAAUUGAUCUGACCUAGAAAAGUUUUAAUCGACCACACUUCAGCUCUCUGACUGAUGAGGGUUUAGUCUCUCAGGCCUGCUAUUUAUUUGGUCUCCAGGGGCGUUGAGUUUUGACCAUUCAUUCUCUUUCGUAUCUAGGCAGCUACAAAUCAGGUCCUUGUACAUCUCCCAGAGCCCGACUGUGCCCUGGCUUGGACUCUUCUGUACCUUAAAUUGCACAGGAUCUGUCCAUUCAGGUGGAAUUUGCAGGACCAAAUGGACCUCACGGAUUUUUGUCUCGUCACACAAAAUAAAAUCCAAUUGUACCUUUGGGACUCAUAUGAGAUCAUUACUUGAUCGUUAAGACACUUCCGUGGAGUAUGACAAGUCUCUUCCAUUCGAAUGCGGAUUUUGUUCUAGUAGACUGUAAAAACAUACGCCUCCAUACGACGUCAAGAUAUUAUCUUUAAGCCGCACACCAUACUCAAAUUGGUGGCCAUUAGCAACGUCUAAGAAACAUGAGGAUGAAAUUGUAACCGAGUGUCCACUGAGAGGUAGGAUUUCCAUCGCCUCAAUGGAACGCGAGUCUCAUGCUCGAGAAUGGGUACUAUAUGAGUGCUGGAGGAUAUUUAGCUGGAGAUAUCGUUGACUCCACUCGCGUCGGAAGAUUCGAACCCUUCUGACUACUUGACAUUGCCUCUUCGAGCUCUUCAAUCAAUGGAGCAUGUCACAUGCUGCAUGUGAGAUCCGGAGGCACCUAGGCUCCCCAAAUGCAUCUCCAGGAACCAAGAGUACCUGUCAGUUAAGCCGCCAACCUAAUGUGAGUUUGAUUUCAAUCACUUCAGUCCGAACAACGUAAGAUUCAUCUUAGGUUGUUCUGACUGAAGAUUCUGCUGUAAG